CCGGGCCGGGGGCGGCGGGGGGGGAACCGGGACACAGGAACCGGGACACGGCCGGGAGCGCCCGCCCGCGGCCCCGCGACCCACCGCUGGCACCGCCGCCACCGGAGGGAAGAGCCGGGCGCGGCCCCGGAGGAGCCGCCGCCAUGAACAGCGUGGGAGGCGCCGAUGAGAUCGGAAAGCUGUUCGUGGGUGGCCUGGACUGGAGCACGACACAAGAAACCCUUCGUAGCUACUUCUCCCAGUAUGGAGAAGUUGUAGACUGUGUAAUAAUGAAAGACAAAACAACAAAUCAAUCUCGAGGAUUUGGAUUUGUCAAAUUUAAAGAUCCCAACUGUGUGGGAACAGUGCUGGCCAGCAGACCUCAUACGUUAGAUGGCCGAAACAUUGAUCCAAAGCCAUGCACACCUCGGGGGAUGCAGCCAGAGCGGACACGGCCGAAGGAAGGAUGGCAGAAAGGAUCCAGGAGCGAUAACAAUAAAUCCAAUAAAAUUUUUGUUGGUGGGAUUCCUCAUAACUGUGGCGAGACAGAGCUCAGGGAAUACUUCAAGAAGUUCGGAGUGGUCACUGAAGUUGUAAUGAUCUAUGACGCAGAGAAACAGAGGCCCCGAGGUUUUGGAUUUAUUACUUUCGAGGACGAACAAUCAGUGGACCAGGCUGUCAACAUGCAUUUUCACGACAUCAUGGGCAAAAAAGUGGAGGUGAAACGUGCUGAGCCUCGGGACAGCAAGAGCCAGACUCCGGGGCCACCAGGGGCCAGCCAGUGGGGGAGCAGGAUCAUGCCAAGCGCUGCCAACGGCUGGGCAGGGCAGCCCCCUCCCACCUGGCAGCAGGGAUACGGCCCCCAAGGGAUGUGGGUGCCAGCUGGACAGGCAAUUGGUGGAUAUGGACCCCCUCCUCCAGGCAGAGGAGCUCCUCCCCCACCACCACCAUUUACCUCAUACAUCGUCUCCACACCUCCCGGGGGAUUCCCGCCUCCACAAGGAUUCCCACAGGGCUAUGGCACCCCUCCACCAUUUAGUUUUGGUUAUGGUGCUCCACCUCCUCCACCUGACCAGUUUGCCCCCCCUGGAGUCCCCCCUCCUCCUGCCACUCCGGGGGCAGCUCCGCUCGCUUUUCCUCCUCCACCACCUCCAUCUCAGGCAACUCAGGACAUGAGCAAACCCCCGACUGCUCAGCCAGAAUUCCCUUACAGUCAGUUUGGGUACGGGCAAGACUUGAGCGGGUUUGGACAAGGUUUCUCUGACCCCAGCCAGCAGCCCCCUCCCUACGGAGGCCCCUCGGUGCAGCCCUCCAGCGGCCCCCCGGCCGGCGGCAGCGGCUUCGGCCGGGGACAGAACCACAACGUGCAAGGAUUCCACCCCUACCGGCGCUAGCCUGGGCUGGCAAUCAGGGAGUGCUGUCCACAGGGACCUCUGGGCCCAGCUGAACCCCGGGAUCCCAGACUUCUGAACUUGUGACAAUCACAUUACUUGAUGGAAGAAAAAAAACCUAACAACAAUUUUUUUUCGUGGGGCGGGGGCGGGUGGGGGCAGAUGGCUUCUGAAGGCAGAGCUGUGGGUGUUUGGACUGCAGUUUUUAAAGAUUUUCCUUUCUCUAACCCAUCAGCACAAAUAAAGAAAAUGUCACUGGUUCAAAUUACAGGGUUUUAAAAAUGUCUUCAGCUUUAAUUCAAAACUUCAGGUUUCUUUUUUUUGAAAUUAUUUUUCCUGAGCCUUUGUUUUACCGUAUAUUGUAAACUUUUAUGUUUAAAAGAAAAAAAAAAUAUAUACAUUUACAGAUUGUGAAAUUUUUAAGAGAAAUUUUCUACUAUGUAUGCUGGCUUAUUUUUUAAUUUAAAACAGGGUUUCCGUGAGCGCUGUCGGAGGCAGGGGGGGAAGAGCUGCAGCCCCUCCCUCCCUCCCCACGGCAGCGCUGGGGCGGAGGGUUCCAAACUCUGGGAGUUGACAGAAACCUGCUGAGUGUAUUUUGCUGUUUGUUCUGGGGGGCAGAGCUGGGCCGGGGCAGGAGCUGCGGAGGCACUCGGGGAGCGCCGCGCCCGCAGCGCCGCGUGUGGAUUUCCCUCAGGCAAAAAAAGGUUUUGGUGCGUUUGGCACUGAGCAGUGCCGAGCCCUGGUUUGAAUAAAGACAAGAACCUUUGGAUUAGAAACACCA